AGUCUCGGCUUUGAGACACACCGAACGACCGUUUUUGUGUGUGCUUCCAUUAAAUCGCCCGGAUGUGUGCGCUCGGCAAAAUGUGUUCAGAUAAACAAACAAGUUCGUGCGAUGAAAAGUAAUUUCUUUGAAGCUUUUCAGCUUUUCAUUCAUAGUUUUCGUUCGGUCGACCGCUGUGAAUGCGACGGAGCCAAACAAAAACACAUCUUUUGAUACAUGAAAGAAGAAGAAAUUGUCUUUUCACAAAAAGGAACAUCGACCAGAUUUCACAGAUAAUAUGUGUGCGCUAAUACUUUUGCUUUUGUUUUGGUGUAUUAGUGAAAAUUUUGAAAUCGGAGAUUCCUUUGAUGCAUCAGCUACAUUUUAAUUGAACUUUAAUUUGUUUUGGAAAUCAGUUGCAUGAGCAUCGCAAAAUUUUACAGCCUAGUUCAAUUUGAAAGUGGACGUUGUCACCCUAGUUGAUCAAAGUUUCCAUUGAAGGCAUUUUACCAUCACCGAAAUGGAAAAUAUUUGUGUUUAAAAUUAGAUUUGAGUGCAAAAUAUGACACUUGCUCGCUGGCUGCAUACUAAAAAUACGAAAUGUUGGAAUGCCAGAUCCAUUUGCUAUGCCAAAUAUUCAGCGCGACGCCAAAACAAAAAACACAUGCACAAAAGACGAUGAAAAAGAAAAACACACCGAAUGCGACAGCGCGCAACGCAAUAGCCAGCAGCGGCAAAGGGGGCAUGUUUCAUGUUUACAUUAUUUGUAUUUGCUUUUAUUUACACCGAGUUUUCGUAUCUUGUUUUUGUUGUUGUUGUUGUCUAUGUUUCAGCCGUCGUCGUUUUCCUUAACUGAUUUACACUUGGUCGUUCUCUGUGUGGAUAUUAGGCGCAAGUCGAAAAUGGUGCGAUACGCAAUUACUUUCACAGCAUACACACACAGUAACUGUACCGUCCGAUAACGUGAGUGUGAGACACGCUUCUGCUGCUAUUGAUGAUUAUGAGGAUGAUGCAAACGCGUUCAUAUUCAUCUUUCGAUCGCCGACCUAGUCGAACGAGUGAUGCCGAACUCAAUGUCGUCGCCGUCGCCGCUACACAGGACAAACAAAAAUCUACGUAAUAAAAUUGUGUAGAAAAAAAUGUCACAUUUAAAUGCAAACGAGAAUCCAACAGAGGCGAACUACACAGCCGUCGAAAUGGCUGCCCGACCGCAGCAAUCGCCAACGGAGAGUCGAUUUAAGCGGAUUGCCAGUUCCAUUGGCCGACAGUGGGAAGAGAAUGGCAAAGUUAAAUUUAUCAUAACUGCCUUGGGCAUAUUUCUAUCAUAUAUGCUCGUUGGAUACCUGCAAGAGAUAAUUAUGAGAGGCAAAUACUGCGAUGAAAGCGACAAAUGUGAACGAUACGAAUACGCCGUUACACUGGUCUGUGUGCAAUUCCUAUUUUCAUUCACUUUUAUUAAAGCGUUAGAUAUUAUAAAACCGGAGGAUAAAAAGGAUACAACAAAUUGUCUGUAUUAUAUACUAGCAGCGGCAGCAAAUGCGUCGGCUAUGGUCAGCUCGAAUAAGGCAUUAAAAUGGGUUACCUAUCCAAUGCAAGUGAUUUUUAAAUCGGCAAAACCGAUUUCAGUCAUGAUUUCCGGCCUAUUCAUUUGCAAGCGAUACGCGACUCAACGCUACCUUUUCGUUCUAAUCAUUGUAAUCGGUGUAGUUGUGUUCAAGUUUUUCGAAAGUGACGAAGUUAAAAAACCGAAGAAAACUGAAAAUAAAAACGAAGCAAAUACAGCCAACUAUCAACUGUAUGGAACCGCAUUGUUGAUUUUAAGUUUAACGAUGGACGGGGUACUGGGUGCGAUACAAGACAAAAUUCGAGCCGUGCAUGGACCAACUUCACGUCAAUUUAUGCUCGGAAUGAGCGCAUGGGGCUCUGUGAUUCUUGUCACUGUUGUCAUCGCAACGGGUGAAUUCAAAGAUGUGUUUGCAUUCGUGUCGCAUCAUCCGAAUGUAAUUCUUCACAUUUGUGCAUUUGCGACGGCAGGUGUUGUUGGUCAAUUGUUCAUUUUCACGAUGGUCGCAUCGUUCGGUUCGUUGGCAUGUUCUGUUACCACAACGGUGCGAAAAUUCUUCUCCGUUCUAUUUUCCAUCGUAUUCAUGGGCAAUCCAUCAACGCCGUUACAAUGGUUGGGCGCAGCUUUAGUGUUUGCUGGAUUGUUUGCGGAUGCAUUCUUUGGAAAAAAGCAUAGGCCAGCUCAGAAUCAACAUGAAACGGAAUUACACUUGGAAAGUGCUGAAAACACCGAACGACUCGUUGAAAAUACAGAUGAAAAACCAACUAUUACAAAAUUCAAUACCACUCAACCAAAUGCACAAGAGAUUGUCUGAAUUCCAUAAUUAUAAAUUUUGUAUUUGUGACGAUUUUUGUCGAACAAAUGGAAGAACAAAGGGAAAAACUAUGUACAAAAAGCCAAUUCCAUUUUUCAGUUGUGAAAUAAAAAACUAACUUUUAUUUAUCAGAAUAACAAUUUUUGCUAAUAAACAUUCAAAAAAAAAUAUAAUCAUAAACACAAAA